GGCUUCAGUUCGAAUUCUGUUGUUGAGUCGCAGCGAGCUGCUGCGCCUGUAGCUUGCUUGAGUCGCUGUCGUCGUUUCUUCUCACUUUCGUUUUUUCUGAGUUUCUGAUUUGUAUUCUCACUGUUGUUGUUGUUGUUGGUUUUGUUGCUGCUGCUUCUGUUGUAGUUGUUUGUAUUGUGUUGUAAAAUGAAUGUUGUCGUGCUGCUACUGCUAUGCGCGUUCGGCUUGUCACACGCCGCGAUCAUCAAAUUACCAACAGCUGAUGAGAAGACGCCGUGGGAGCUCAUCUCUGCUAUUUAUGGCACCUCUGGUCUGCGCGGGUUCAAUGGCACGUGGAUAACAGAUCAGGAGUUCUAUUAUACGGCCACUGAUCGAUCUAUACACAAAUACAAUGCAGCCACAAAGGAAGAUACCAUUUUUUUGCAAUCAACAUUUUUGAACACGUACGUUGGCGCCACAUUUACGCUCUCUGCGGAUAAUACCAAAAUUUUGGUACGCCACAAUUUGACAGAGAAGUUCCGGCACUCGUAUGUGGCCCAAUACGAUGUCUAUGAUAUAGCAACGAACACAACGGUCAAGAUACACAAGGGCGAGAAGCUGCAGUAUUGCGGCUGGUCGCCGCUCAAGGAUCGAUUGGCCUAUGUUUAUCAGAACAAUGUGCACAUCCAUUUCAAUAGGAAUCUGGAGAUAGCUAUCACUGAGGAUGGCAGAGAUGGCAUCGUGUAUAACGGUGUGCCCGAUUGGGUCUAUGAGGAGGAGGUCCUGAGCAGUGGCAGCGCCCUCUGGUGGUCACCGGAUGGCACUAAGCUGGCCGUGGGCUUCUUCAAUGAUACCAAAGUGGAGACCUUUAGAUAUUUUCUCUAUGGCGAUGCGGAAAAUGAAUACUAUCAGUAUCCGCAUGAGGAGAACCUGAAGUAUCCAAAGAGCGGCACACCCAAUCCGAUUGUCUACUUGCGUGUCUAUGAUCUGGCCAACAACGAUCCCAUUAUGCAACGCAUCGAAGCACCCGUGGGCAUUGUCAGCUCCGAUCACAUACUCCAGAAUGUGGUCUGGUCAAACAAUAGUCAUUUGCUCAUCAACUGGAUGAAUCGUCGCCAGAAUCUAUCGACGAUACAGAGCUGCAGCCAUCAGGGUGUGUGCAAGGAGGUAACAAGGAUUGAGGAGCCCGAUGGCUGGGUGGACAUCAGCACGCCCAAAUGCCUGAAGAGUGGCCUGAACUGCAUCUUUGCCUACUUCAUUGAUAACUGGUAUCAGGUGUGGAAUCUCAAUUUGGAAACGGGCGUCAAUAGCUGGAAGUCACGAGGCGAAUUCACUGUGCUCAAUGUCUAUGGCUAUGAUGAAGUCAACGAUAAGCUCUAUUACCAGGCCACUCAGAAGGGUGAUCCGGCUCAAUAUCAUGUGUAUAGCAACAACGAUUGCCUGAGCUGCAACGUAGUGGAUGCGGACGGUACCACUUGCCGUUCGGCUAGUGCCACAUUUAGCAAAGAUUUCUCCUACUACACACUCACCUGCUCGGGUCCCAAUCCCUCCUAUACUCAAGUCUGGCGUUCGGCCACACACACUAAGGUCGUGGACUGGGAGUUGAAUAGUCUUUAUCGUGAACAGUUGACGACCAAGCAGCUACCCACGUAUCGUUUUAUCAACGUCUCUUUGGCAGAUGGCAGCACUGGCAUUGCCAAGUUGGCGUUGCCACCUAAUUUCGAUGAGAGCAAAAAGUAUCCCAUGAUUGUUGUUGUCUACGGCGGACCCAAUUCGGUGCGUGUAACAAAUGCGUUCACUGUGGGCUACGAAGCCUAUGUAACUACCAAAAGGCAGACCAUUUACGCCUACAUCGAUGGGCGUGGCACGGGAAAUAAGGGCAAACGACUGUUGUUCUCUGUGAACAAUGAUUUGGGUGAUCAUGAAGUGGAGGAUCAGCUAUUUGUCACCAACUGGCUGCAACAAAACCUCACCUUCGUCGAUGCCAAUCGCACAGGCAUCUGGGGCUGGAGCUAUGGCGGAUAUAUGACAGCAAAAACCCUGGAAAUGGAUAAUAGUCAUAUAUUCAAAUGCGGUGUGUCCGUGGCGCCAGUUACCUCCUGGCUCUACUAUGAUACGAUAUAUACGGAACGCUUCAUGGGCUUGCCCACCGUGGAGGACAAUCUGCUCAAGUAUGAAGAGAGCAACGCCUUUAGCCACUUGGAUAACUUUAGAACUCAUGGCUUUUUGCUAAUUCAUGGCUCAGGUGAUGACAAUGUGCACUACCAACAUUCGUUGAUCUUGGCCAAGCUAUUACAACGUGCUGAUAUACCCUUUGAGGAGCAGACAUAUACUGAUGAGAAUCAUAGCAUUGGUAAUGCCUUGCCGCAUUUAUAUAAUACAAUCGAUCAUUUCUGGCUCAACUGCCUAAGCAAAACUGUCGAUAAGGAAUAAAUUAUAUAUAAUAUA